AGCCUCUGCAAUCGAGCAGUUACAACAUCUUGCGACCGUUCGUGCAGGGUUAAGCAGUUUGCUAUCUUCCCCAGACGUGUUUCUUCAAACAUGGAGCUAUUAAAAAGCUGCACAGAGUCUCCAUCUUCAGAGAUACAGCGUGAAGCUCAAAAUGCCGUAGAUGGAGAGCCUGUAAAAAGUAACGCAUUGAAACAAGUCUAGUAGCGGCUGUAUAGUCUGAUGACCCACUUUACAUGUGCAUGUGCAUUGAGUACACAUGGUCUCCAGCGCCAACGGGGACCGCGCAGUGUGGUACAAGUUGACGGUUCUUUUCAACCCGCAGACGGUGCUAGCUUCAGUAGCUUCUUAACAGCACUGUUGAGUUGCGGUGACGGCUAAUCCAUUUUACAAAGACCAAUAUCCCACUGGUUCGGCGACAGGACUUGCUUAACAAAGCCGGGUAGGUCGGUGGAAACCUUGGAGCGAAGCAGUGGUUGGAAAAAUUCACGGCAGCCCUCCAUCAUUAAAACAGCUAUUAGUUGUAUGCCGAUCAUUUCACAUGGAUCAAGGCUCUCGCCAUUUUAUUAUUGCAUGAUGAUUCGUGUGAGUAGAGUUGCCCUCUUCCUCAGUGUGAAGAAGUAAUAUUGUUUUGACAAGGACAGCGGAGUAACCAGCCUACCACUGCAUCAAUCUCUUCAAAGGAACCAGGAUUUACUUUUAUUAAACACUUCAGAUCUGAAGUCAGUCAGGAGUGUACAGUCAGUCAGCUUCAUCGUGUCAGUACCGGUUCGCGGACCGGCCGCCGAGUGCUACCGUUAUUUUCGUGGGAUGAACAAUGUCCUAUCGACCCAUGAGAAGUCGCAGUAGCGGAGCUAGCGGGAUGAUCGUCCCGGAAUAUAAGAUAGCGCUGCUGGGCAGCUUAGGAGUUGGCAAGUCGGCACUGACAGUAAAAUUCAUCACAAGACGGUUCAUCAAUGAGUACGACCCAACAUUAGAGGAUACUUACUGCAAGGAAGACGUCAUUGAUAACCAAACAAUGCUUCUUCGUCUGAUGGAUACUGCACAUGGGGACGCGGAGAAUCUUGAGCGCUACAUCCAAUGGGCUGAUGGCCUUGUAGUCGUGUAUAGCAUCACCAGCAAACACAGCUUCAACUAUGCCAAAAAUCUACUGCAAGAAGUCUCUGAGCUGCAGAAGACCAGAGAUACACACGAGGCGCCCGUGGUUCUUGUUGGAAACAAAAAUGAGAUGGAGAGAUAUAGACAAGUUAGCAAGCUGGACGGUAGUUCUUUGGCCACGCAGUACGCAUGCUCAUACUACGAAGUCUCGGCAGCUGGAGAAUUUGAGGAUGUGGAAAGUGUCUUUCACGAGACUGUUCGCGAGAUCCGGCGAGAAGCUGAGCGACAUAUGCCUCUUAAGCCACUUUUUAUUAGUGAAGAAAAGACUGUCCCAGCAUCGCCUCCGUCGUCAAGAAAGGACCGGGAUCGUGCCAAAUCUCCCCAGCCUAAGGCGCCCAGAGUGCUGCAAAAGAGAACAGUAUCUAGCUUCAAGUUCUUCAACAAAGGAUUCAAAAUAUUUUGAAGGACAAACAGUCGUCUUGCUGAUUUUCCAUACAUUUUCUUACUUUUGAGCAGAUGAUUGGCACUGUCAUAAUGCGUCAUGAGUUGGGCCUCCAUUAGUUUUGUCGCUCCUGAACUUUUUAAUUGUUGAAUAGCCAGACAUGACCUCGAAGUAAUUUUACUCGUCCGAGACGGAGGUCGAAGGCAUUGUGGGCCAGUGUCACUUGCAGCAUUAAUAUCUAAGCAGUGAACACUGCUUGGAAGAACCUUCGUCUGUGGAGAUCAUGUGACACUAACAGGCGAUCAAACAUGUGUUGCCCUGGUGACAGGGUUAUGGCAGGUGUCUAUCAAUAUCGAGGGACAACCACAGGUGGCUUACACUCUACUAAAGGUCAUAAUUUUGUACUAUGUGACCUGGUGUGACAGAUGCCGACGCGGUCAGUCAACUUAAAUGACCAUUUGAAAUAACCCACACCCUUGAGGUGACAUAUUCGUGUGGGAUAAACUAUCUUUAUACCGCUGGGUAGUUGACAAACAUCCUACCAAUAAUUCCAUUUUAGUUACACAUGGUCAGUCC